AUGGAUAAGAUAAUGGACAGAAAGUUGGAAAGAUUAAGAGAAGAUAUUAGGGAGGAGAACCGUGUGUUGGUGGAUCAGUUAGAAGGACGAAUUUUCGAACUUGAAAAGGAAAACGAUGUUCUACGAGACAGGGUGGAGAAGCUGGAGGACCAUGUGAGAGAGUCCGAGAAAUUCAACGCCUCUCUUGACUAUAAGUUGAACGACUUAGAACAGCACGGCAGAAAAAAUUCCAUCCGUAUUGUUGGACUGGAGGAUACUAAUGAACGAGAAUCGGUGGACGAAUGUGUUGGAAAAAUUGUGACUUUUGUGCGGAACUCCCUCGGAAUCGACAUAGAGCAGCAGGACAUAGACAUUGCCCAUAGGGCGAUACAACAGAGAGAAGCCGCGAACCAUAAUCUGAAAAAACAGCAAAAUAAAAGUGAAGAUAUUAUUAAUAAAGAGAUACAGAGGUUGGAGGAACAAGAGCAAGUAGAUACUGAAGAAUUAGAAAAUAAGAAGAAAGAAUUAGAAAAUAUUAGACUUAAGAAGAUUAGAGGUAGUAUUGUAAGAUCUAGGGCAAGAUGGCAAGAAGAAGGUGAAAAGCCGACUAAAUAUUUUUUUAAUUUAGAAAAUAGAAAUUUUAUCUCUAAAAUAGUACCAAAAAUAGAGAAAGAAACUAAUGUCAUAAUAACACAGCAGGAGGAUAUUCUUGAGGAGGUACGUUCUUUUUAUGAAAAAUUGUAUGAUGACAGUAGUGAAAUAGAAGAUGUUGAUUUUACAGAAUUUUUAGAUGUAUUUGAUGUUCCAAAAUUAGAUAAUGAUGAAGCUAAAAAUUUAGAAGGGUUAAUUACUGUAGAAGAAGCAGCAAAAACUUUGAAAAACAUGAAAAAUAACAAAAGUCCAGAGUAUGAUGAUGUUGUUAAUGAUGACGCUAUUGAUAAUGAUGAUGACGAUAAUGUUGAUAAUGAAGAUGAUGAUGGAAUGAUGGAUGACUACGAUGUUGGUGUUGAUGAUGAUGAUGAUGAUGUUGAUGAUGACUGUUGA